GGCGCCUCCAGCCGAGGGGACACGAAUAAUCGGAUUUCACGUGGGUAACGCUACGUAGGUCCUCAUACGACCACUGUGGCUGCGUUUACCACUUUACCUUUCCCUCCUUCAACACCGUCGUGAACAAUGAGCAGGCCAGUCUCUCAGACUUCACAACCUUCAUGGACAUCAAAGACCACAUUCGACGCGCUGGGCGUCGAAUCUGGUGAGGAGACAGAUGAGGAGUCCGUUCAGGAGUCCGUGUUAGAUCAACAGAGCUUAGAACCUCCGAAACCAACGAAGAGUGCCUUGAAGAAGGCCAAAACUCUAGCUCGUAUAGAACGACGUAAACAGGAACGAGCAAAAGCUCGGUCUGCUCAAGUCACACCAACGCUUACCGAUGACCUGGCUUCGUCAGUCGAUGAGCUUCCUCGUCAAGCUCAUCGACCGAAUGGUACCGUAAAGCAUGUGUCUACUGAGACACGUACUGUGAAUGGUCAAGCACCACCACCAGCGCCUGCAGAAGAGGAGUUGGAGCGGGCGAGCAGCUCUAAACCGCCUUCCUCCGAAAUUGUCCAGUCUAAGGCAAAUGGACACGUUCAAGAGGAAUCAAAACCACUGGAACAUGAACUCACACCUGUUCCAGAAGAGCAGCCUAUUCCCCCGCCUUCAGCACCGGUCGAGGAGAAGAAAACACCUUCGCAAUUAAGUGUUCAAAACGUGCAAAAUGGGCAUGCCUAUGCUCCUGUUGUAGAAAAUAAGCAGAUGGAUCUUGCACAAGCGGAGAAGUCCAAGAAGUUGCAAAAUGCGUUGACAAGAACAGUCUGGACGGUCAUCAUGAUUGGUGGUUUCCUUGGGCUUCUUGCCAUGGGCCACGUCUAUAUGAUUAUCCUAGUAAUGCUUUGCCAGACCCUGGUGUACCGAGAGGUCACCUCAUUAUUCUCGCUGAAACGGAAGGGCGACACUGGGGAAACACCAGGACGUGAUCCAUGGAGCAAGACAUUGAACUGGUAUUUCUUUGCUGUUACCAACUACUUCCUUUACGGGGAAAGCAUCAUUCAUUACUUCAAGCAUGUUGUGUUCUCCGAUGCACAACUGGCGCCAUUUGCGACGAACCACCGCAUGAUUAGCUUCGCGCUUUACACGAUUGGUUUCGUUGGCUUUGUCAUGUCUCUUCAGCGGGGGUACCUCAAGCAACAAUUCGGUUUGUUCUGCUGGGUACACAUGACCCUGCUUCUCAUCGUCGUGUCAAGCCAUUUCAUCGUGAACAAUAUCCUCGAAGGCAUGAUCUGGUUCUGGGUCCCAGCCUCACUAGUCAUCUGCAACGACGUCUUCGCCUACAUCUGGGGGAUCACUCUCGGGCGCACGCCCCUUAUCAAGCUCUCACCAAAGAAAACAGUCGAAGGUUUCGUUGGCGCCUUCUUUAGCACCGUUGUCUUCGGUAUCAUCUGGGGUACAUUCUUCAUGCGCUUCGACUAUAUGAUUUGCCCGGUACGGGAACUGGGUGUUAGUGCGUUUGAUACCACUGUGCAUUGCAAGCCGAAUCCGGUGUUCGUAUGGAGGGAUUGGAACAUUCCAGCGCCUUUGAGCGCGCUCUUGUCUACUUUGCUCGGACGUGCAAUUACGUCCAUCCCUUACGCUCCUUACCAAAUUCACCUCUUCUUCAUGGCCUGCUUUGCAUCGCUCGUAGCACCCUUCGGAGGGUUCUUUGCUUCUGGGUUCAAGCGUGCAUUUAACAUCAAGGACUUUGGUCACAGUAUCCCAGGCCAUGGCGGUAUGACUGAUCGCAUGGACUGCCAGUGCGUACUUCCAUAUCUUCCAUUUGCAUGUGUUAGGGUGGUGCUAAUGAGAACCGAUGUGUGUAGGUUCCUCAUGGGUGUCUUCACCUAUGUCUACUACAGCAACCUCAUCAGGGAGACUCACGUCACUGUCGGUUCAGUGUUGCAAACCAUCGUCAACGGCUUGACGUUCCACGAGCAGAUGGAGCUCAUUGCCGAUUUGAAGAGAUAUCUCGAGGGUCAGGGCAUCCGUGUGAACGUCUAGGCCCUUGGUGUGAGUCUUUUGAGCCUGCCAGAAGUUCUCGAACCUGGUCCCUCAUGCCCCUCGGUGACCGUGCCUGACUCAACUCAGGACGACGGCACUCUUGUCGAAAGUACUUUCGUUUACUCUAAUGAUGCUAAUGUGAUUCAUAUGACUGGGACGAAUAGUAUUCACUUGGGUAGUUAUGAGUAUGGUUAUACAUACUGUAUAUCGAGUCUUUUAUUCUGUCGUCGUUGUCUGUUUGCUUUGAUACCCAUGGUUGCAAGCUCAUUUUAAUACACUCUAUACUAUUGGUUGAUCUGAAGUUCAAACAUCCAGAAAAC